CUACAAUUGCCUCAAACUACGAUUUUUAAAAUAGACCGAACAGAGAGAAAGAAAUUGUUUUUAGCGUACGUCCUACUAAAUUUUACUAACUUCCAUUCAGAGUUCACCUUCUGCUCAGUAGGAGCUCGUUGUAAUUCCUAGUCAUCAGUGUUAGGGCUUCAAACAAAGCAGUAAGCGAAGAAACAUCAGUGUUGCUGCUUGGUUGCGUUGAUUCACGAAGUUAUUUCAAGCUAUGAACUCUCCAACCCAUCCCCCUUCAUCUUCCUCUUCUUCUUCCUCGUAUGCGUUUCGUCCUCCUCCAUUCCUCACUCAUGCUUCUCGUAAUUGCAAGUUUCCUCUGUUGUUGCCACAGGCAAUCCGUACUUCCCAAAAGAUGUAUCGCUGUUCUAGGGCCCAUAUGGAGGCUCCUAUUAACGCUAGCCCCUCAAAAAAUUACAUAAUGACCAGAUGUUCUCAUGGAUGGUCUGGCGCACAAGCUUUUUUUUCCAAGCAAUCAAUCAACAAGCACUUGUUGCCAGCGGGAGCUUUAUCAACUUCAACAACUCAAACUGUUUCUGGUACACCUCUUGUUGGCGACGAUAAGAUUGGUGUACUAUUGCUAAACCUUGGAGGUCCAGAGACUCUUGAAGACGUGCAGCCAUUUUUGUUCAACCUUUUUGCUGACCCAGAUAUUAUACGGUUGCCAAGGUUGUUUGGUUUCCUUCAAAAGCCGUUGGCCCAAUUUGUGUCUGUUUUAAGAGCACCAAAGAGCAAAGAAGGCUAUGCUUCAAUUGGUGGUGGCUCUCCUCUUAGACGUAUAACUGAUGCACAGGCUGAAGAGUUGAGAAAAUCUCUUUGGGCAAAAAAUGUUCCUGCAAAGGUUUAUGUUGGCAUGCGUUACUGGCAUCCAUUCACUGAAGAAGCUAUUGAACAGAUUAAAAGGGAUGGAAUUACAAAGCUUGUUGUUCUUCCACUUUAUCCACAAUUUUCAAUAUCAACCAGCGGUUCGAGCUUACGUCUUCUGGAGAGUAUAUUCCGUGAGGAUGAGUAUCUAGUCAACAUGCAGCACACUGUAAUUCCUUCAUGGUACCAGCGUGAAGGAUACAUAAAGGCCAUGGCAAAUUUGAUUGAAAACGAGUUAAAUAGUUUUGACAACCCUAAGGAGGUGGUGAUAUUCUUUAGUGCGCAUGGAGUUCCACUUGCAUAUGUGGAAGAGGCUGGUGACCCAUACAAGGCAGAGAUGGAGGAAUGUGUGGAUUUGAUUAUGGAAGAACUAGAGAAAAGGAACAUAACUAAUUCCUACACCCUCGCGUAUCAGAGUAGAGUUGGACCAGUGGAAUGGUUGAAACCUUAUACGGAUGAGACGAUAAUUGAUCUUGGAAAGAAGGGAGUGAAAAGUCUGCUGGCUGUGCCAAUUAGGUAAUAUUAGCCUUCCGUUUUUGUGAUAUUACCUUGCUCCUAUC